GUCGCUGCGUCAUGACGUCAUGUUACCGUAGAAACAGAGGAGUCGUUUGCUUACUCUGUGCUAACAGAACUAGCUCGUUAGAUAAUGGUCGCCGUUUCUUGAGUUUUUAAGUGAAGGUUUGUAACUCAGCGAGUGACCCUAAGUGUUAUGUAAACGGCUAAUGUAACCGCUUGAGUCACUCAGUGUUAUCAAGCUGUUAGCUGAGACGACAAACACGAGUCAGUUGGAGGUGAUGGAGGUGAAAAAGAAGCCUGAGGAAGAGGAGAAUGAGCUAGUGUCGGAGCUGAAGAGGCAGCUGGAGAAUGAACACCUGACCCCGGUGGAAAAACUCAGACUGCUGAACGAUGGCUUAAACAAUGCUCUGAACUCGGCAGCUGUCCACGUGAACAGUGGCGAGCUGGCUCGGCUGAAGUCUCAGCUGUAUCUGAGCGGCGUGCUGAUCCACUGCAUCCAUGUUCUGUCUCUGCAUCCCAGCAGCCUGUGGGGCGACCUGAGCGCCGCUGCUACACUUGCCCACCUCACCAGCUCCUGCUGUGUGGGGGUGGAGCCUGGCCCACACUCUGAGACCUUUCAUCGGCUCUUCCUGCCAUCAGUCGUGGAUGCUCUGCUGUCAUUGGCUGCUCAGCUGGUGAACCGAGCGGAGAAUGUGUCUCUCUUCAGGAAGGUGAUGGACUCUGUCGGCUGGCUGCUUGCCGCUCACACUCACCUCACAGAGAAAGUCCUCAGCUCCAUCCACUAUGAGCAGAUCCAGGUGUGUGAUGAUGUCAACGUGUCUCUGCUCUGUGUCCAGAUGUGGAUUCAAACCUGCACGGCCAACAGCGACUUCCUGUCUGGGUUGAGCGACGAUUCCAUACUUCUGCUGCUCAACGAGGCCAUUGGCCAAUUAGCUCUCAGUUCUGACUCUACGGUGGGAGGGGCCUCCGUCAGAUUGAUCCUCCUUAUGGCCAGUCAGCUGGGCCGCUGCCUCCGGCCCCUCCUCCUCAGCUUCAGAGGUCUGGACAGCCUGCUGCACAAAGACUGGAGGGGGCGGGGCUUUGACCGGGGCAUUGAUCAGCUGAUCGCUCUUAUCCAAUCAGAGAAGAAUGUCGUUAGUCAGUCACAGGGGAGCAGUGAGCAUGUGCGGGCGGCAUGCGUGAUCCAAGCAGCCUGGAGGUCGUAUAAGACCAGACGCAGAGUGAAGAGUCUCAACAGAGCCGUCAGCGUCCUGCAGAGGAAGUACAGGGCUCGGAGAAAGGAGCAGCAGCAGCAGAAGGAGGCGCAGCUGUGGGAGGAGGAGCUCAAGUAUCAGGUGUGUGUGAGACGUCAGCAGGCGAGGAGGAGGUUCCACCAGAAACAGAGACAGCUGCUGCAGCUGCUCCCAGCAGACCAGGUGCAGACAUACCUGCAGGAGUGCGAGAAUCGAGCCGCUGUGGUGAUCCAGAGCUUCUGGCGAGGCUUCAGAGAGAGACGACACUACAGCAGCACGCAGCGGCACAUGCUCAGACGAGAGCGAGCUGUCAGGACGCUGCAGAGAGGGGUACACACACACACAUCUGUUAAGUUGUACAUCUCUGCAGCUGGUUACUGUUUACUCCGUCUUCUCUUCUGUUUCUUUCAGGUGCGUCGUUUUCUACAGAAGCGACGAGCAGCAAAAGUCCCGCCUCUCCCUCCUUUCUGGAUUGGUCAGAAAGGUUUGACAGACAGCCGGAGGGCGGAGCUAAACCGGCAGGUGGAUGAGUACAUCGCUACACAUCAGUCGUUCCGUGUGUCUCCUGAGGAGUGUUCCUGCCUCCAUGAGGAGGUGCAGCUGCUGCUGCUGUCAGUGCUGCAGACAGGAGCUCAGCAGAGGAUGGAGGAGCAGCGGGUAGAGGCGCUGCUGGCUCACGUGCACACACAGCUGGAGCUGCUCCGAGAUGCUCCGCCCCUCUCUGUUGUCACGGAGACAGACGCUGACACCUUCCUGAGCCCGUCGGGUCCCGUCGCUGCUCGUGCCCGUGACGCCCACAACGCCAUCCUCCAGGCGAGCCGGCUACCCUGGUGGAGGACGCUGGGAGACACGGACGCAGGUCAUGUGAAUCCAUUGGGCUCCACCCACGUGCCUGAGCUGGAGGAAGAGCUGGGAGGACUGUACAUAGGAGGGACAGUGGCGGACAAGAAACAGACUCAGGUGGACGAAGUCAAACUGUAACGUGAUCUCUCAGGUGAAAUAUGGACUCGCACAUCUGCUGACGAGGAAAUGUUCUUAUAAACAUAGACUGUAAAUAAAGGCUGGACAUUA